GAUUCCACAGGUCUCUCUCUGUCUUCUUAUUGAGUCUCUGUUACUUGUAAACUUAAUUUUUCUCUGAUGGGUUUUCGCUAACUGUUAGAUACAAAGUAUUGUUAUUUAAAGUUUCCUUCCUUGUUGUUAAAUCUCGUUCUUCUCAGUUACAAAGCAUUCUCCAAUAAAUCUCUUUGUCUUUAUUGUUAAAAUUUUCAUGGGGUCUUUGUGGUGAUUACUCAGUGAGAACUUCUGGGUUUUGCUUGCUUCAAUGAGCUAAGGAAACUUUGAAAAGGUGGAUAUAUAACAAAAAAAAAAAGAAGAAAAAGAGAUUUUUACUUGUUUUCUGCAAGUAUGGAGCUUUCUCUUGUGAGUAUUGUGCUACUAGGGUUCCUCUUUGUUUCCGGUGACGCAUUGGCCUCUAAAGAAGUGGAAGCUCUUAGGAUACUAAAGGAGGCUAUGCAUAAGGACCCUUUGCUUGUUAUGUCUAAUUGGAAUGUACCCAAUUCUGAUCCCUGUGAUUGGACCGGCAUUAAAUGUUCUCUAUCUAAGGAUCACAUUAUCAAAAUAAAUAUAUCUGAUACGUUGAUGAGAGGCUUUCUUGUGCCAGAACUUGGUCAUAUAACCUACUUGCAAGAACUGAUCCUGCGUGGAAACUUUCUAAUGGGGACAAUACCAAAAGAAAUAGGAAAGUUGAAAAAGCUCAAGAUCUUAGACUUGGGAAACAAUCAUCUAACAGGACCUAUUCCAGCAGAGAUUGGAAAUUUGUCUAACAUUAUGAUAAUAAACCUUCAGUUCAAUGGUUUAACUGGAGAGUUACCUCCAGAGAUAGGAAACUUGAAGUAUCUUAGAAAGCUUCGUAUUGAAAGGAACAGGCUUCAAGGAAGUAUUCCUGUUGCUACAACAACAUCAGAAAAGAAUGGUUCAAAGCCAAAUGCAAAUAUCGCUGGUUUGUGCAAGUCUCCUCAUUUGAAAGUGGCAGAUUUCUCCUACAACUUCUUCAAAGGAAAGAUCCCGACUUGUUUGGAUUACCUUCCAAGAGAGAGGUUUCAAGGAAACUGCAUGGAAACAAAGGACGUUAAGCAGAGGCCUUCCUCAGAAUGUGCUGCGUUUGUGGCGAGUAAGAAGAAACAGAGACAUAUGUGGCUUCUAAAUUUUGAGAUAGUCACAGGAUCAUCGGUUGGUUUGCUCAUUCUAGUUGUGACAUUUGCUGCAUUACGCUUGUGCAACAUAAAGCGCACUCUCAUCGUUCCUUGGAAGAAAUCUGCAAGUGAAAAGGAGGAGCACUUCACGGUCUACGUUGAUUCUGAAAUGCUCAAGGAUGUUUCAAGAUUCACAAGACAAGAGCUAGAAGUGGCAUGUGAAGACUUCAGCAAUAUCAUCGACUCUUGUGCAAACAGUCAGGUCUAUAAAGGAACGAUCGAAGGCGGGACUGAGAUUGCGGUGAUCUCUCUCUGCUUUAAAGAAGAAGAUUGGACUGGAUACCUUGAUCUUUAUUUCCAGAGAGAGGUUGCUGAUUUGGCUAGAUUAGACCAUGAAAACGUGGGGAAGUUACUUGGAUACUGCAAAGAGAACAAACCGUUUACAAGAAUGCUUGUUUUCGAGUAUGCAUCAAACGGGACACUAUACGAGCAUCUCCACUAUGGAGAAGGCAGUUUAGUCUCGUGGGCAAAGCGCAUGAAGAUUGUGAUAGGCGUCGCGCGUGGUCUCAGUUACCUUCAUACUGAACUAGAUCCUCCAUUUACAUUCUCUGAGGUUAGCUCAAAUGCUGUGUAUCUCACCGAAGAUUUUACUCCCAAGCUGGUUGAUUUUGAAUUCUGGAAGACGGUUCUUGUGAGGUCAGAGAAGAACUUGAGGGAUAUCAGUAGUGAUCAUGCAGGGAUAUCAAUGGAGCAUAGAAAUCAGAAUUUGAAAGGGAAUAUCUUCUCAUUUGGCUUACUCUUGCUGGAAAUUGUGAGUGGAAGGCCUUCUGAAAGAGGCUGCUUGGUUAAAUGGGCAAAGGAGUAUGUUGCUGGUGGACCAGAAGUGUUGGUGGAUUCAGAGCUGGAGCAUUUCAACCAAAAGGAACUUGAGGCGGUAUGUGAAGUGGCGAGCCAAUGCUUGAACUUGGACCAGAAUCAUGAAGAUGAAGACAGUACUUGUUGUUUAGUUAAAGAGCUUUGUGAGACAUUAGACCGUAGAAUCUGUUUGUCCAUUUCAGCAGGGCUCCUCAGGUCGUCUUCUUUGGCUUGGGCCGAACACGCGCUAGCUUCGCCUUCUAAUGAAGAUAAAGAUGAAUAUGAAAAUAGUAAAUAAGCAAGCACUCCAACUCUUAAAAUAAAUUGGGCCUCUUUUUUUUUGGUUAUUGACACUAGUUUGUACGAUCGAAUACAAUUUUUUUUGGUUUUGUCCUUUGUGUGUUGCUAAAAUUCAGUCACAUCUCUUUACUCUUAUCUGUAAAAGAUUAUGAUUUUUUUACCAAAAAAUAUUCUUAUUCUUUUGCUAACUA